AUGCCGCGACACUGGCAGCUUUUCUCCUUCUUGAUGAGAUCGUGGAUCACGGGAUCCACGGCAGCAAGAGAGGUUGAUACUGGAUUCACGAAGAUCGUCACGGUGCUUCGCAGAUCGCCACGAGAUCUCCAAUUGUCGGGGUCACUGCCGGUUUCCAAGAAACGUUGCUGCUCAUCGGCCACCUCCCCCGUUCGGUUCUCCUACUCGUCGCCGAUGAGUCUUAUUGAUCAACUCAAGAAUUUGUUUCCUGAUAUGGAUAGUGAGCUUCUUGAUAGAGUUUUGGAAGAAUCUGGCAAUAAUUUAGAUGCUGCUAUCAAGAACCUCCUGGGCUUUGUGUUGGAUAUACAGAAGGUGCAGAGGACAACUCGAGUUUGGAGGGGCAGGAAGACAACAACAGAAGAGAGGAAGAAGAGGCAGGGCAGGAGCAGGACAGGGACCGAACCAGACGCUGUUGGUUUCAUACCACCACCACAACUCCAAGCAGAGAUAGAGAGAGGGAAAUAUAUUUUGACUGCAUUGGAAUUGAAGCUAAUUUUCACAAAGCCCACAGCUCCAUUUCAGGAAAAGGGAAAAAGGAAAACUUCUCCCUGCAUAUCUUCUUCUCUGCUAUUUGGGGAACUUUUCUAG